GUGGUGGACCUCCAGGCGGCGGCGGGGGUGGUGGACCUCCAGGCGGCGGCAGGCCCGUCGGUGGUCGACUUCCCGGUGGUAGGCUUCCUCAAACUUGGUCUGGUUUUGGUGAAACCCGUUCGGACUGGGAUAAAUUCACGGCAAGCAUCGAAGCGCAAAGGAUCCGAAGGUACUUUGAGCAAGACUCUGCUAACUUUCGGUUUGUACAAAUACUUGGAAAUGGCGCCACCAAUGUAGCCUGUAAAAUCAGAUUUAGACAUAGGUGGUGGCGAUAUAACCGUCCUGGCCUGAAUUUUGUCGUCAAGCGUCCUUUCAGAACCCAGACGUACGACGCAAUAGAGAAGGAGAAAGCGGCCCUUGCUGCACUUAAAGGGGCAGCGCAUGUUGUUCAACCCUUCUCUCUCGCCGAAGGCGUUUGGAACCCACUUACCCAAGCUCCUGGCCCGACAAUCAUGAUGGAAUGUUUGGAGAAUGGGAGUUUAUACAAGUUCGCAAAAAAGAGGAUGGAAUUAGACGAGCACGACUUGCCUAACAGGAUGCUCUGGAGACUACUUCUGUGCUUGAUACGGGCCUGUAUAGGAUUUGCCUAUCCACCAAGAGGGCUACAGCCAGGUCGAAACUUGGAAGAAAUUCCCACUGCCAAUAUUGAACGAGCCUACCCAGCAGACUUGGUGCACGGCGACAUGCAUUCAAACAACAUAUUGUUUGCCGAGUAUGAACCGGAGUCUUUUCCUGAGCAUUCAUUGGUACCAACACUCAAGACAAUUGAUCUCGAACGUUGUGGACAACCGCAUCCAGCAAGUCGAAGAGCGGGCAGAUGGGUAGGAAUUGAGGCAAAUUUCCUCUCAGUUGCAUUUGCCAUGCGUGCAAUCAUUACCUUACGUAGCCGCACUACUGCUAGACCCGUGUUCAUUACUGGUCGCGAAGAACCUAUCAAUUCCUGGUGUGAGUUCCCGGAGGAUGCUUACCCUGCCUUAGACCGAGAUCUUGCGAAUCUCUUAACGGAGAUGGGCACCGAUGAUGGAUAUGAUGGGGUGACUCUAGAUGAUGCUUUUAGACGAGCUCAGGAAGGCGUUGCGAGAGGAGCAGAUUAUUAUGAGAAUCGCGUAGGCGGAGAGUUUGAAACAGACGAACAUAUAAUAGCUCUCUGCAAGAGACUAAUUCUGGAACCUAACGAGCAUGAAGAUUCGGAUUCGGAGGACGAGUAUUAGAAUUUACUGAGAAGGGACUUUGUAUUCCAUGUAAAAUU